UCUUGCCUCUUUCUGUGGUAACACUGCAUAAAAGGCUCAGUGCUGUACAACUUUACAUGUGGUCAAGAAUAAAUUGGUCUCUGGUUUGCUACUGACUCCAACUCCUUUCCUUGGGCUGCCAACAGAAGAGCUGAGUGAUAGAAAAAGCUAACAAUUACCUGAACCAAAGCUAUUCAACAACAAAUCUCAUCUUCAUAGAGACAUGAAAGCUGUGAUUGGACUUCAGUUAAUGCUGAUAGGAGUCUGCUGUGGUGUGGAAUCUUCCUGCAAUGCCAGAAAGAAGAACGUUCGUUGUUUUGGAGCUUUAGGAGGAACAGUGAACCUUCGGAUAAUGGAUAAGGCCUCACAACUAACGAAAUUCAUUUGGGCAAAGAAACGCUCAGAGUUAUUCCGCUGGAUGACCCACAAGAUUGUAGCUCGUACAAAAGACAAUAGAUUUAGCUUUUUUCCAAAUAAUGGAACAGUUAGGAUCACUAACAUUAGAAAGCAUGACAGCGGUGAAUAUAGACUUGUUAUGUUCAAGAAAGGUAGAAAGCACAAAGGCACAAGAAAACUGAAGCUGUUUAUUGAAGCUCCUGUGUCUUCUGUCAGGCUAGUCUCUAAGUGUACGUCCUCAGGAAAGCAGAGGGUAAUUUGCUUUCCUAAAGCAGGGGACAAUCAUUCGUGCAAGUGGACUAUGAAUAAAAAACCUCUGAAAAAAACUAAAACCUUUUCUGGAAACGGUGCGAGUUGCACCAUUCUUCUAAAACCAAAGACAAAAGGUCGUUUGGUCUGCUCAAUCAAGAAUCACAUCAGUCAUUCAUUCAAAGAGAUGAAGAUAACCACCUGUGCCAAGAAAAAAUGGACGAAAUCGGGGAAGGAAAAAAAGAGGCCUUUCAAAAAAGAGUCUUUUAAAACUUCAUCAUCUGCUCAGACUCCAGAAAAGUCUCCAAAAGAGAAGAAUGGAGCUAAGAAACCAACUGUACCACCAAAUUUGUCUCCAAAAGAGAAGGAUGGGGCUAAGAAACCAACUAUCCCACCAAAAUUGUUUCCAAAGGAGAAGGAUGAGGCUAAGAAACCAAAAGUACCAAAAAAAUUGUCACCAAAAGGGAAGGAUGGGGCUAAGGAACAAACUGUCCCACCAAAACUGUCUCCAAAAGGGAAGGAAGGGUCUAAAAAACCAAGAGUACCACCUAAAUUGCCUCCAAAAGGGAAUGAUGGGGCUAAGAAACCAACUGUCUCACCAAACUUGCCUCCGAAAAAGAAAGAAGUGUCUAACAAACCAAGAGUACCACCUAAAUUGUCUCCAAAAGGGAAGGAUGGGGCUAAGAAACCCACAGUACCACCAAAAGUGUCUCCAAAAGGGAAGGAUGGGGCUAAGAAACCAACUGUCCCACCAAAACUGUCUCCAAAAGGGAAGGAAGGGUCGAACAAACCAAUAGUACCACGUAAAUUGUCUCCAAAAGGGAAGGAUGGGGCUAAGAAACCAACUGUCCCUCCAAAAUUGUCUCAAAAAGAGAAGGAUGGGGGUAAGAAACCAACUGUCCCACCAAAAUUGUCUCCAAAAGAGAAGGAUGGAGCUAAGAAACCAACAGUGCCUCCAAAAUUGUCUCCAAAAGAGGAGCAUGGGGCAAAGAAACCAACUUUUCCACCAACAUUGUCUCCAAAAGAGAAGGAUGGAGCUAAGAAACCAACAGUGCCUCCAAAAUUGUCUCCAAAAGAGAAGGAUGGGGCAAAGAAACCAACUUUUCCACCAAAAUUGUCUCAAAAAGAGACGGAUGGAGCUAAGAAACCAACAGUCCCACCAAAAUUGUCUCCAAAAGAGAAGGAUGGAGCUAAGAAACCAACAGUCCCACCAAAAUUGUCUCCAAAAGAGAAGGAUGGAGCUAAGAAACCAACAGUGCCUCCAAAAUUGUCUCCAAAAGAGGAGCAUGGGGCAAAGAAACCAACUUUUCCACCAACAUUGUCUCCAAAAGAGAAGGAUGCAGCUAAGAAACCAACAGUCUCACCAAAAUUGUCUCCAAAAGUGAAGGAUGGUGCAAUGAAACCAACAGAACCACCAAAAUUGUCUCCAAAAGAGAAGGAUGGAGCUAAGAAACCAACAGUCCCACCAAAAUUGUCUCCAAAAGAGAAGGAUGGAGCUAAGAAACCAACAGUCCCACCAAAAUUGUCUCCAAAAGAGAAGGAUGGGGCAAAGAAACCAACUUUUCCACCAAAAUUGUCUCCAAAAGAGAAGGAUGCAGCUAAGAAACCAACAGUCUCACCAAAAUUGUCUCCAAAAGUGAAGGAUGGGGCAAUGAAACCAACAGUGCCUCCAAAAUUGUAUCCAAAAGAGAAGGAUGGAACUAAGAAACCAACAGUACCACCAAAAUUGUCUCCUAAAGAGAAGGAUGGAGCUAAGAAACCAACAGUCCCUCCAAAAUUGUCUCCAAAAGAGAAGGAUGGGAAAAAGAAACCAACUUUUCCACCAAAAUUGUCUCCAAAAGAGAAGGAUGGAGCUAAGAAACCAACAGUCCCACCAAAAUUGUAUCCAAAAGAGAAGGAUGGAGCUAAGAAACCAACAGUCCCACCAAAAUUGUCUCCAAAAGAGGAGGAUGGGGCAAAGAAACCAACAGUCCCACCAAAACUGUCUCCAAAAGAGAAGAAUGGAGCUAAGAAACCAACAGUCCCACAAAAAUUGUCUCCAAAAGAGAAGGAUGGAGCUAAGAAACCAACUUUUCCACCAAAAUUGUCUCCAAAAGAGAAGGAUGGAGCUAAGAAACCAACUUUUCCACCAAAAUUGUCUCCAAAAGAGAAGGAUGGAGCUAAGAAACCAACAGUCCCACCAAAAUUGUCUCCAAAAGAGGAGGAUGGGGCAAAGAAACCAACAGUCCCACCAAAACUGUCUCCAAAAGAGAAGAAUGGAGCUAAGAAACCAACAGUCCCACAAAAAUUGUCUCCAAAAGUGAAGGAUGGUGCAAUGAAACCAACAGUACCUCCAAAAUUGUCUCCAAAAGAGAAGGAUGGAGCUAAGAAACCAACUUUUCCACCAAAAUCGUCUCCAAAAGAGACGGAUGGAGCUAAGAAACCAACAGUCCCACCAAAAUUGUCUCCAAAAGAGGAGCAUGGGGCAAAGAAACCAACAGUCCCACCAAAACUGUCUCCAAAAGAGAAGGAUGGAGCUAAGAAACCAACAGUCCCACCAAAAUUGUCUCCAAAAGAGAAGGAUGGAGCUAAGAAACCAACUUUUCCACCAAAAUUGUCUCCAAAAGAGAAGGAUGGAGCUAAGAAACCGACACACCCACCAAAAGUGUCUCCAAAAGAGAAGGAUGGAGCAACGAAACCAACAGUCCCACCAAAACUGUCUCCACAGGAAAAGGAUGGGGCUAAGAAACCAACAGUCCCACCAAAAUUGUCUCCAAAAGAGAAGGAUGGAGCUAAGAAACCAACUUUUCCACCAAAAUUGUCUCCAAAAGAGAAGGAUGGAGCUAAGAAACCAACAGUGCCUCCAAAAUUGUCUCCAAAAGAGAAGGAUGGGGCAAAGAAACCAACUGAACCACCAAAAUUGUCUCCAAAAGUGAAGGAUGGGGCAAUUAAACCAACAGAACCUCCAAAAUUGUCUCCAAAAGAGAAGGAUGGGGAAAAUAAACCAACAGUCCCACCAAAACUGUCUCCAAAAGAGAAGGAUGGGGAAAAUAAACCAACAGUCCCACCAAAACUGUCUCCAAAAGAGAAGGAUGGGGCAAAGAAACCAUCCAAACCACCAAAAUUGUCUCCAAAAGAGAAGGAUGGAGCUACGAAACCAACAGUCCCACCAAAAUUGUCUCCAAAAGAGAAGGAUGGAGCUAAGAAACCAACAGUACCUCCAAAAUUGUCUCCAAAAGAGAAGAAUGGGGCAAUGAAACCAACAGUACCACCAAAAUUAAUUCCAUCUGAGAAACCCCCAGGGACCUGAAGAACCUGCGGUAGGUGGGCUUGGGAAAAUAAGCAGAACAAAUUUUCCUGAAGACCAUACCCCCACGCUGAGUCUUCAUCUCCCAAGACCUCCAGCAUUAUCCUCAGAUCCAAGCUCAUUCAUCCCUCCAUCCCCUUCCUACAAUAAAUUUUUUAACUUAUA